AUGUCUGAUGAUGUGGCCAAUCAGCUGUGCUCUUCUUUGCUUGAUCCACUUCAAGAAGUUCCGGAUCCGGGUAAAGCGAUACCGAAGGGCACAAUCCUGGCGAUCGUAGUGAGCACGCUGCUGUACGUGGGCAUGGCGGCCAUGAUUGGUGCGCUGGUCGUGAGGGAUGCGUCGGGUGACGUCACCGAGUACCUGGCCGGAAUCGCCUACAACUGCUCAGGCCGCGACUGUCAGUAUGGACUGCAGAACACUGUUCAGGUGAUUGAGCUGGUUUCACCGUUCGGCCUGCUGAUCUACUUCGGCAGUUUCGCGGCCACCCUGUCGUCGGCACUCGCCUGCCUCGUGUCGGCGCCCAAGGUGUUCCAGGCGCUCUCAAGGACAACCUCUAUCCGUACAUCUCGUGGUUCGGCAAGGGCUACGGCAAGAACGACGAGCCCGUCCGCGGCUACAUACUCACCUUCUUCAUUGCGCUUGGAUUCAUCCUGGUCGGUGAGUUGUGAUGAGCUGGUUUCACCGUUCGGCCUGCUGAUCUACUUCGGAGUUUCGCGGCCACCCUGUCGUCGGCACUCGCUGCCUCGUGUCGGCGCCCAAGGUGUUCCAGGCGCUCUCAAGGACAACCUCUAUCCGUACAUCUCGUGGUUCGGCAAGGGCUACGGCAAGAACGACGAGCCCGUCCGCGGCUACAUACUCACCUUCUUCAUUGCGCUUGGAUUCAUCCUGGUCG